GUGGCCCUCAUGCUGAACAACCUCGGCGGUCUCACCACUAUGGAGAUGAACAUUCUCGCCAAGGAGGUCAUUGCAUAUAUUGAGGGCCUUGACGUGCGCGUGGUGCGCGCUUACACGGGCCUUUACAUGACGUCACUGGAAAGCGCCGGCAUCUCAGUCUGCCUGCUGAAAGUCGAUGAUGAUGUGCUACGUUACCUCGAUGCGCCUACGACUGCCCCGGCAUGGACGAAACCCUACUGCGCCUCGUUUCCCCGUUCCACGCCGACCGAGCUGGAGCUCGUGGCACCGAAGCACCGCCACGACGACAGUCGGGUCUUGGCCGAAGACCAGGUUUACGUGCUGAGCGCCGCCGGGCGCGAGGUUUUCCGGACUUGCUUGCAGUCGGCGUGCGAGGCACUUAUUUCUCGGGAGAAAGAGUUGGACAAGCUGGACUCCGAGAGCGGUGACGGGGACUGCGGCGCCACGCUGGUCGCCGGAGCACGCGGCGUGCUGGCGUACCUCAACACGAAGCCUCCGCUGGAGCACCCGAGCUUGGUGUUCCGCCAGCUGUCCACUACGGUCAGCUGUAGCAUGGGCGGCAGUUCGGGCGCCCUCUACAGCCUGCUGCUGCUGGGCGCCUCGCGAGCCUUCCAGCGCGAGACCGGAUUCGGCGCUUGGGUGACCGCGCUCGAGCUGGGCAUAAGGCUGGUCAGCAAGUACGGCAUGGCGCACGUCGGGGACCGUACCAUGCUCGACCCUCUGGACGCGGCGCUGAUGGUGCUGAGGCGCCACACGGCGAGCCACACACCCGAUAAACUUGCGGAAGUGCUUCGCGAGACGCUGGACGCCGUGUCGGCCUCCGUGAUAGCUACGAAGACCAUGCGCGCCAAGGCGGGCCGCGCGUCCUACGUGAACCCGGAGAUGCUCAAGAACCCGGACCCUGGAGCGCGAGCGGUCGAGAUCUGGAUGUCGCGCGCGUUUAGCGUGCUGAUGGCCGAACCCGAUGUCAGUGGCGCGCGGCCGCCGCUGCCGAAGCAAUCCUAGCAGCGCGUCCAGUUCGCUGCCACAUUCAUUUUGGAUAGUAAACGUUUUCUUUUCGCUUGUA